ACUUUGUGUUUUGUUUCGAAUAAUAAAUCCAAAUAAUAAAGAAUAAUGGCUGCAGUGGAAUCGUUGUACAAGGAACUCUGUGCUGAAUGGUCCAAGCGACCACCAAACACACCGCGAUGCGGCCAGCUGUUGGAUCAGCUCAAAGUGGCGUUGGUCAAAAUGCAAUUUCUGCCCACAGACGGCAAAGAUGCACAGAACUCGAAGAAGCAACUUUUGUUGGCACGCGCCGUGUUGGAAAUCGCUGUGGAGCAUAGUGUACUGACCAAGGAUCUACUCGCGUUCGAACGGUACAUGGCACAGCUGAAAUGCUACUAUUACGACUAUGCCAAAAUAAUUGGUGAAUCGGACAGCAAAUACAAAUUGUUGGGCCUCAAUCUUCUCUAUCUGCUGUCCGGCAAUCGUGUGUCCGACUUCCAUACUGAACUGGAGCUCCUGUCGGUUGACAUAAUACAGCACAAUCAAUACAUUCGUCCUAUUCUGGCACUGGAACAAUAUAUCAUGGAAGGUCGCUACAAUAAGAUCUUCCAGGCGAAAUCCUCAAUGCCUGCCGAAAUCUACAACCAUUUCAUGGAUUUAUUGGUCGAGACGGUGCGGGAUGAAAUCGGCGCCUGCAUUGAGAUGUCCUACGAGAAGAUUUCGGCUAAAGAUGCUGCGAAACGGCUCAAUCUGCGUGUGCCGGAUGAAAUCAAAGCGUUCGGCGAGAAACGUCAAUGGAAAUUGGAAAGCAAUGGAAAUUACAGUUUCAUCGAUCGCAGCAUUAAGCCCAAGGAGCUAUUGCCCUCGGUGGAGUUGGCCGAACAGGUGCUUAGUUACGCGCGCGACUUGGAAAUGAUAGUUUAAGCUACCAGCAAAUUUUGUAAUUAAAAUAAAAACCCCUAAA